AUGGUGGGGAAGAAAGAUUCGCUGGCGGUGGAAGCCGAUUCGGCGGAGGAGGAGGCCGAAUCAGCGGUGGAGGAGGCCGAUUCGACGGCGGAGGAAGUAGAUUCGGCGGCGUCUCUCCAGAUCCCGCCCGAGGAGCACUGGCCCCUCACCCUUGCCCGUCUCCUGCAGAUCCCGCCCGAGGACGCCGAGGAGCUAGCCGGCACGUGGAUUGGAUCCCGUGCGGAUGCUAAGGAGCUGCGCGGUGGGGAGGCCUGGAGGUGA